CUCCCAUCCUUUCCCUUUUUAUCUCUUCCUCCUCGUUGCCUCUCGCAUUCUCUGUUCUCUGUCUCUUCUUCUGUUUGAAUUCCGAAAUCUGCCAUGGCCUCCUCUUCAUCUCUCGCAUUACGUUACCUGUUCCUCUUCCUUGCCCUCUCUGCAUUCUCCGCCACCAAAGCCCACAACAUUACCGACAUUCUUGCUGGCCAGGAUGACUACUCUGAGUUCAACAAAUAUCUCACCCAAACAAAGCUCGCUGAUGAAAUCAACAGCCGGGAGACUAUCACCGUACUGGCCCUAAACAAUGCGGCCAUGACCGCCCUAGCUGGCAAACAUCCCCUAUCCGUUAUUAAAAAGGCUCUUAGCCUUCUUGUUGUGCUCGACUACUAUGAUCCCAAAAAACUCCACCAGAUCUCCAAUGGUACCACCCUCUCCACCACCCUUUACCAAACUACAGGAAAUGCCCCUGGAAAUUUAGGCUUUGUCAACAUCACCGACCUCCAGGGAGGUAAAGUGGGCUUUGGUUCCGCUGCCCCUGGUUCCAAGCUCGACUCCGCUUUCACCAAGUCUAUCAAACAAAUCCCUUAUAACAUCUCUGUCCUCGAGAUCAGCGCUCCGAUUAUUGCUCCCGGAAUCCUAACUGCUCCGGCUCCGUCUGCUUCCGAUGUGAACAUUACAGCUUUGCUUGAGAAGGCUGGAUGCAAAACAUUCUCUGGUUUGCUUCAGUCGAGCGGUGUGAUUAAGACGUUUCAGGCAGCAGCUGACAAAGGUUUGACCAUUUUUGCACCAAACGACGAAGCUUUUAAGGCUGAUGGAGUUCCCGAUCUGAGCAAGCUCACAAAUGCUGAGGUUGUCUCACUCUUACAGUAUCAUGCCUCCGCCUCAUACAGUCCCUUUGGGUCCUUGAAGACUAACAGGGAUCCAAUCUCAACAUUGGCCAGUAACGGUGCUGGAAAGUUCGAUCUGACAGUGACUUCAGCUGGUGACUCUGUCACUCUCCACACAGGGGUUGACUCGUCCAGAGUCGCCGACGCUGUGCUUGACUCCCCCCCGAUGGUGAUUUUCACUGUUGAUAAUGUACUUCUACCUGAGGAGUUGUUUGGAAAGUCUCCUUCUCCUGCACCAGCCCCCGAACCGGUGAGCGCACCUUCUCCUUCUCCGGCUACGACACCAAGUCCAGCCCCAGCUAGUGUUGAAGCCCCAUCACCGUUGGCCGCUUCUCCACCUGCACCACCGAUGGAAACCCCGGAAGGAGCUCCUUCAGAUGCGCCAGUGGGAUCGGAGAAUAGCACAGCGGACAAUGCAGGUAUUCACGUGACUGCCUCUGCAUUGUUCACUGUUUCUGCCACUGUAGUUUGUUCGAUUCUCAUGUCCUGAAUCGUAAUUAUGUAGAUCUGUCAAUUUGAUUACUUCUUUUUUAUUAAUUUAUUUUCUUUUUGAAUAUCGAGUUGUUAUUGGUUAGAGUAGAGGUGUAGUUUAUUUUAAUUUAUUCUGAUUUUUAAAUCUGUGGACAAUAUGGGUGGAUGUGAGGUAGCUGCGCAUUUUAGCAGCGAUACUGUUGUUUUUCAGAGAUGAUUGUUAUCGGGUGUUACGCUUUCCAUUAUUUUAAUGCUAGAUCUGUCCGUUUUUGUUA